UUUUUUUUGGUUUUCUCUAUUUGUCAUUCCUCUCAUGAUCUCACUCUACAAUCGAUUAUUAUCCAAAUAUCCUAUUUUUGUACAAAGUAUUAGCACAUCAUGUUUAUUCGGUACGGGCGAUUUGAUAGCACAACAACUGAUAGAAAAACAAGGCUUGGAAAAACAUGAUAUGGCUAGAACUGGACGUAUGAUGAUAUUUGGUGGUCUUGUUGCUGGUCCAGCUUUGAGUAACUGGUAUCGUGUCCUUGAACAUAAUGUCAAAGGUUCCACUCCUGUCAAAGCUUUAUUGAAAAAAGUCGCAGUGGAUCAAUUCCUAUGUGCUCCUGUUUUUAUUGGUGUGUUUUUUUCUGUACAAGGAUGGAUGGAAGGCAAAUCUGUGGAAGAAAUCAAGCAAAAAUUGGAUCAUGGUUAUACAACAGCGGUCAUUAACAAUUACAAGUUAUGGCCAGCUGUCCAGUUGGUCAACUUUUACUUUAUACCAUUGAAUCAUCGUUUAAUGAUGACGAAUCUAGUUGCUCUUGGAUGGAAUUCAUAUUUAUCUUGGAUCAAUCAUCGCUCUUCUCAAUUGGCUGAUAUGUCUUUGACUACAUCCAACUAGAUCAGUACCAUCAUCACCCCUUUUUUUUAUUUUUAUUUGUUUUACAUUUACAUAUUUCAUUCAUUCUGCAUCGAUUCACAUACACGAUACUGUAUUCCCCUUUAUUGUUGAUACGCACAGUCUACAUUAUGCAAUCAUUCUUUAAUAUAGCUCUUUUGUAUUUUUAUUAAUUAUAGAUUUUGAAAACAAUAAAAAAAAAAAAAGAACGAAG